CAUUAUGUCCGGCGGCUGCCGAGCAUUUUCCUUUUCUCUCUGAGCAAGAUGGCUGGGGGUGAGGUUGGAGUGACUCUCGGGCAACCACAUCUUUCCCGACAGGAUCUCGCCACAUUGGAUGUUACUAAGUUGACCCCACUUUCACAUGAAGUUAUCAGCAGACAAGCUACAAUUAAUAUUGGCACAAUUGGUCAUGUAGCUCAUGGGAAGUCCACCGUGGUGAAGGCUAUUUCUGGAGUUCACACUGUCAGAUUCAAAAAUGAGCUAGAAAGAAACAUUACAAUCAAGCUCGGAUAUGCUAAUGCUAAGAUUUAUAAACUUGAUGACCCAAGUUGUCCUAGACCAGAAUGUUAUAGAUCAUGUGGAAGCAGUACACCAGAUGAGUUUCCUACAGACAUUCCAGGGACCAAAGGGAACUUCAAAUUAGUCAGGCAUGUUUCCUUUGUUGACUGUCCUGGCCAUGAUAUUUUGAUGGCUACGAUGCUGAACGGUGCAGCAGUGAUGGACGCAGCUCUUCUGUUGAUAGCUGGUAACGAAUCAUGCCCUCAGCCCCAGACUUCCGAACACCUGGCUGCCAUAGAAAUCAUGAAACUCAAGCAUAUUUUGAUCUUACAGAAUAAAAUUGAUCUGGUAAAAGAAAGUCAGGCUAAGGAACAAUAUGAGCAAAUUCUCGCAUUUGUGCAAGGAACGGUAGCAGAAGGGGCGCCAAUUAUUCCGAUUUCUGCUCAGCUGAAGUAUAACAUUGAAGUUGUCUGCGAGUACAUAGUGAAGAAGAUACCUGUGCCGCCAAGAGACUUUACCUCAGAGCCCCGCCUCAUUGUUAUCAGGUCAUUUGAUGUCAACAAACCUGGCUGUGAAGUUGAUGACCUUAAGGGAGGUGUAGCCGGUGGGAGUAUUCUAAAAGGAGUGUUAAAGGUAGGCCAGGAGAUAGAAGUCAGACCCGGGAUUGUCUCCAAAGAUAGUGAAGGAAAACUCAUGUGUAAACCAAUCUUUUCCAAAAUUGUGUCACUUUUUGCCGAACAUAAUGAUCUUCAGUAUGCCGCCCCAGGUGGUCUCAUCGGAGUUGGAACAAAGAUUGACCCAACUUUGUGCCGAGCUGACAGAAUGGUGGGACAAGUGCUUGGUGCAGUUGGAGCUUUACCUGAAAUAUUCACAGAACUGGAAAUUUCCUAUUUCCUGCUUAGACGUCUUCUGGGUGUACGUACUGAAGGAGACAAGAAAGCAGCAAAGGUUCAAAAGCUGUCUAAGAAUGAAGUGCUUAUGGUCAACAUAGGGUCCCUGUCAACAGGAGGAAGAGUUAGUGCUGUCAAGGCUGAUUUGGGCAAAAUUGUUUUGACCAAUCCUGUGUGCACAGAAGUAGGAGAAAAAAUUGCCCUUAGCAGAAGAGUUGAGAAACACUGGCGUUUAAUUGGUUGGGGUCAGAUAAGAAGAGGAGUGACCAUUAAGCCGACUAUAGAUGAUGACUGAAGACUUCAAGUUACACAAUGCCUUGGGAUGGAGUUGGAAUUUCUUUUAAUAGCCUAGGGGUAUAUUUUCAAAGCAAUACUAGGGAGAAUUAAUUUCAUUGCUCAUUACCUUACUAUUCUUAUAUUUUAGCGAUGAAAAUGUAACCUCUACUUUUUUCUUUUUAUUGAUUCCUUGUUUCACAUCAUGUAACUCAGUCCUGCGCAUCCCCUCCAAUCCAACCUUUGCCCUUGCAACCUCCCCCAAAAUAAAUAACACACAGACAGCAACCAAACAUAGCAUAGAAAACAUGCCAUCAUGGAAGCUGUAGCUUCUGUGAUGACACCAAUGUUGGGGCCUCAUCAAGACUUCCUCCAGUUAUCCUGUGCUGUUCGGCAUCAUGGAGAUCCUGCAGCUUUGGAAUAGCAGGAUGGCCCUUUCAUGAUCCCAACCAUUCGAAGAUGACAUAGAUUUUAGGGUCGAUCGCUUCAGAAUCCUGGAUCUGGGCCAGGGUGGUGGCUCAGCUGGUCAGCUGGGGCCCCUGGGGAGGGGUGGGGCCAGCUCUUACAGUGCACCUUCGCCAUCAGGGCCAGCUGCACUGUGUUGUGAAGGUGAGGUGCCGUGCCGGGGCUGCUCAUGCCCUUAAGGCCAGCUCUCCCUUCUAAAGGUGGCAAUGGGGGAGGGUGUCCCAUCGACACCACCUGGUAACAGACCCGAGUGGCAGAGCCAGCUGUCGAGAGUGCUAUGUCCAAUGAGGGAUGGGGCCAGAUCUGCACAGCCUCGGACAUCGCAGUGGUCUCUACUGGUAAGAGUGAGCCACGGACGGACACUGGCCCGCCACUGGAGCCACAGGCAGGCUUUUUCUCUCCCGUCUGUCAUAGUGACAAGCAGGUAUUUGUUAUAGUCAUUGAAGGGCAGGUCUGUGGGUGGCAUGGGGAUCUGUAAGACCUUGUGUUCCUCUUCCCAUGCCUUAAUUUGAGUUUUAUGAGCCCUAGGCAUAAGACAAGUUUGGGCCAUCAAGCUAGGAUGAACCUUUAUAAAGGACUGCCCCUGAUAUAGUACAAUACUACCAACAAGGUGUGUCUGUGCCCAUUGCUGGGGUUAUAACCCACUUCUAAUAUGGGGCCUAAAAUUAAGUGUGAAAAGUGGUAUACUAUAUAAAUUGAUUAGAUCACAUCUACAUUUUAGCAAAAGUUAAGCAUUCCAAAAUAAUGUCUCUAUAAUUUAUCAAUCAAUGAAAGUUUGAAGUGAAACUUCGCUGCAACCAGCCUUUGGUGCAGCACACGUAUCAUGAACCUGUCUAAAAUGAAAAUGCUGUCUUCCCAUGAUUCAUCUGUGAGGAGCUCCAUAGUGAAGGGCAAUUAGUAAAAGCCAAAGGCUACCCCUGUAGUUGUCCUUCUGUUUGGGGUUCUGUUGUCUGAAAUUUGAAGGAAGGCAGCCAACGGGCUCAAAUGAGCACCGCUCUUAGAAUUGCGUGCCCAUUCCCCUAACAGGUAGAUCGUAGCAGCAUCCUGGACGGGACCUUAGGAAUCCAGUGCCCGGAGACUAUGUCUUUAUUAUUAAUGCCUGAAAUCUCCGUCUUCCCCCACUGGCAAAGAGUACAAUAGCCGGUGCUUGGUGAGAGUUGGCAGGGUUCUGUCCAGGUUGCUUUUUUGAGGUCUUUGUUUUAGUGAGCUGUGGGUGGAACAGCCUCUUGCAUGAUAAAUAAGCACUGUACCAUUGGCUCCACUGCCCCUAGCUGUACUACCUUUCCUUGGUAGGAUUAUGGUAGAAAUUGUGCUAUUGGUAAUCUUUGAGCCUUGAAAGAGGUAAAAAGAAUUAUUCAAAAACAGUGUGUCCUUUAGUUUCUGAAUCUAUUCCCCACAUGCCUGCUAUUUUCUUGUGCUGUGCUUUUUAAAUUAAUCAUGUCUUUGCUUAAUUAGAUACUCUUUCACAUCAGUGAUUUCCGACUCGGGCUGACAGAAGAGCCCGGAGUGGGCUCCAGUCUUUGAUAAUCUUUUAAGACAGUGUUUGGAAAAGGGAGUUUAGAAAAAUACAUGGUGCAUGCCUGUGAUCCCAGCUCUCUGGGAGACAGAGAUGGGCAGAUUUCUGAGUUCAAGGCCAGCCUUGGUCUACUGAAUGAGUUCCAGGACAGCCAGGGAUAUACAGAAAAGCCCUGUCUCAAAAAAAAACAAAUCCAAAAUAAACAAAAAAAAAACAACAAAAAAAGAAAUAUGCAUCCUAAAUAAUAACUUCACUGGUUUUUGGUUCUUCAUUUGCUUUCCUUGUGAUUUACAAACAAAUGGGAUUUAGUGCCACAGUUGCUAUGCUGUGAGUUGUGGAUACUGCAGCUGCCUUAGGUUUAGAAGUGUGUCUGUGAGUCUUGAGUUUUGGGGAAUCCUAUGGAUAUUAUGUAUUUGAUUGACUCUGAAAGGUUGUGUUGGAGCAUGGAGAGAACAUUUAAAUAAAACAAGGGUCUGAAUCAA